CACCCUCGAUAUUCCCCAAAUCUACUUUCACACACCCCUCCAAAACCUGCCUCUCACCUAUUUCUCAAAAUACUCUUCGCAACACCCAAAUCAUCUGGAGCAAAUCUUUCGUGCUAAAACUCGAGUCCAUCGAAGUGACUUGUGAUCAGUUGAAUUGACUUGGCGAUCAGUGGCUAAAUGAGCAGCGCGGUGUGAAGCAAUCGUCAUGAAAAAUUUCCACUUAAUCUAUUGAUGAUGAGACGAAAGAAAAGUUUGAUAGCUUUCCCUUCCCUACCUAAGGAUUAGAUGAAAGAGUGGGAGGAGGUGAGUUUAGGCUUAUCGCCUUGUCUUUCAUUGCAGACUCAAUAUUUGGAUGUAAAAAGGGAACCAUAUAAUAGAAAAAAGCAAGCAAACUCAAUGGUUCGAAUCAUAAGGAGUGUGUAACAACAGAUGAAUGCAGAUAUCACCAAAUAGAGGUGCUCUUCCUGGUGUGAUCUCCAACUUGUCAUGGGAAAUAUUAAUGCUAUUCAACGAGAUCAUGAUCUACAUUGUGACCUGGGUUUUCAGAUGGGCAAACGCGGCUACUUAGAUAUAGUAUCAUACACCAACCGAUAGUGAUUUACCAGAAGGAUCAAUGAAAAGAAAUGAAUGAUGACGCCAAAUAAACGAUACACCCAACCUAUGCCUCUAUCAUACUUCUCCUCUACACACCACUCUCAAACUCUCACUCAAUUUCCAACCCUACAUAUACUCCUCAAAGAGCACCAAACUUCUACUACUCAUCCCAUAACUAUCUCAAUAUACAGAAGCGCAAUCAAUACACUCAUCUUUUCACUCCAGCCAAUGAAGCCAUCAAUCACCAAACAAAUAAACAAAUCAUAAAAAAUCCACAACUCUACAAAUAACACCAAAGCAGUAAUUAGUGUAGAAUCUGUUAUAUUAAGUUCUAAGUUUGAUUGUAUUCAUGAUACCUAAUAUGUGAAUACUAUAUGAUGAGAGAGAGAUAUUUGUUAUAUGUCUGAAAGAGAGAGAAAGAUUUGAUAGUGACGGGGUGAGAUGGAUUAUAUGAUCUUAAUAUAAUUAUAUCAGAUAGAUAUUUGUAAGAUGUAUAAAAAGUGAUAAUAAUUAUUUUUUGUAAUAGAGAUUUUAUUUAAUUGAAUUAUUAUAUCAAUUAGUAAUUUAUAUUAUAAAUCUAGAUAAUAAAAUAUUAUAAACUUCAAAAUUUAUUAAAAUUAAAAUUUUUAUUUUAAAUUUUUAUUUAUAUUGAUAAAAUAAAUAUAUACUUAUAUUAUUAUAAAUUCCUCGACUUUAAAUAUCAUUAAGUUUCUGGAUAAAUAUCGGGAUUUUACUGAUUAUAUAAUAUUAAUAUUUUAUCUAAUGUUUCCUUAGCACAUAAGACAGGCCUCGGCUUACAUAGUCACUUUUCGAGGAUUAAACUUCAAAAGCCUCAAACACAUCACCGCUCUCUCCUCAUUCACAACCCAAAAAUUCCCAACCCUCACCCACCACGCAAAAAUUACGAACGCUCAAAUCCCCAACCUCAAUUUUGGCAGUCCGAUAAUCUUCUUCGAUUCGAAUCCAGAAAUGCAACAAACCUACCUAGGAUCCUGUCUCACCAGUCUCAAAGAAACCCUAAAAACCUCCUGGACGGGCGAAGUUCGCAAAUUUCACAACCCGGGAACCCUUCGCAUUAUAUUCUGGACUCAGAUAACAAAGAAUGUAUAAAAGACUACGAAUUGCAUGAAUAUAAACUUGUGCGGGAAGCGUGGGAAUCGUUAUUUAAUCUCCCUGAUGUGAAACGCGCGAUUGUUAUGGGGUACAGUGGACAGAAUCCUUAUGUUAAGGAUUUUGGGGACAAGAAUCCUUGGGAGGAUAAGAUUGAGAGGGAGAAGAUGAGGCAGAGGAAGAGUGCGCAGAGGCAGGGUGAGAGUAAGGAGGGGAGGGCGGGGAAGGAAAUUGAUAUUAAAGAGGUUAUUGAUCGGACGGAGGAAGAGGAGGUUAAGAAGAUUGCUGAAGCAAGUGGAAAGAGACCGAUGAAGUUUGAGGAGGUUUGAGGGGUUCGAUGAUGUAGGAAUUGUGUAUGGCCAUGUUGGACGAAUGUUAAUACGAAUCUUUCGAUUUAUAAUAGAGGUUACGAAAGGAGUUUCGGAAGCUGCGGAGAUAUUGAUGGAUCAUUGGAAAUAUG